AUGAAUUAGGAUAAACAAUUCUACCUCUAUACAAUAGUGGAUCAAAAACCAGAUAAUAAUUUUUCAGUUGUUGGAGUUAUUGAUGGAUCUGGAAGUAUGAGUGAAUGUUGGGAAGAUUUAUGCAAAGCUUGGAAUAAUUUCAUACAAGAUAUCUAAAGUUCAUAUUGUAUUCAAUUUGAUGAUACUGCUAUAUUGUAGUAGAAUCCUAAAUUGAAAGAACAGAAAGGGGAAGGAACAAAUAUAUCUUUGGGUUUUCAUGAAUUAAUUAAACUAAUAAAGAGUGAAAAAUUGAAAAAAAAUGUUAUUGUAAUAUUUAUCACAGAUGGAGUUGGAGAAGAUGUAUUGGAGGAUUAUAUAGAUAAUUUAGCAGAAAACUUUUCAAAAUUUCAUGAAGAAGAAUAUUAAUUUAAGUUUUUUACUUUGGCAAUAGGGGAAACUUUUUCUCAUACUAUUGUGGCUGAAUUGAAAAAUAGAAUUCAUAAUUCAACAUUAAUCAGUUCUUAGAUGGAAUACAUUUCAAAUCCAAAAGUUGAUUUUGAAAAUAAAUUGUAAUAAAUCAAAGAGGAAAUUUUCUAUAAAUUGGUUAGAGUUGAACCUCCUGUAGCUUUGGUUCCAUAUGGGAAAAAAUAGAGGAGACUUGCACCCAAUCAAACAGUUUUCUCAGAAACUCCAAUAAUCAAAGUAAAUGGAGAGGAUAUCAAUCUUAAACAAUAUUAAAUAACAUACCACGAUUUAUAUUAGUUUGUCAAUUAGAUUUUCUUAAAACUAAUGGAAGAUAGUACCAGAGGGUUGAAAACAGUCAAAGAUGAGGCAACAAAACAGCUCUAGAUAAUUAACGCUUUAAUGAAGAGAGUCUCUUAAGAAGAUGGCAGUGAUUAUAAAUAAGAUAUCGACGAAACAAUUACAAAGAUUAAAGCUUUUGCAUCAGGAUCACAAUAAUUAAAAUUACUAUCAGCUAAAGAUGCAGCAUAAUCUAUUACUAAAUUGUAAGCAGCUAUUUUGGCUAAAAACUUUAAACGAUAAGAUGUAUUUAAUUUUAAAAUCCUAUUAGAAUUAUGAAUAAAAACCAGUCACGAAUGAAAAACUAGAGAAAGCUAAGUAAAAAUUAAAUAGCAUGAAGAAAUCAGUUAAAAUUAAAACUAUAUAUCCUUAAAUUGAAUAGUUUUUUAAAGAGAAUUCUAAUGCAAGCCCUUAAUUAUUAGUAAAAUUAUUACAAGAAAAAAGAGCAGGUUAGAAUCUGCAACGAUAUGCAUUAGAAUAUUAAGGGGAAUGCACUCUAUUGUUUGAAUUGCUGUAUAUUUGCAACUCAUGA